AUGAAUGGGACUUUACAUUUUAUCCCUUUUCUCUUAUCAGUUUCAGGUCCGCAACAUAACAAAACUGUGGUGUGCUAUAUCUCGACAUGGGCGGUUUAUCGACCUGACCGUGGAAGUUUCAACAUCGACAAUUUUGAUCCAAAUUUAUGUACAAUAGCCAUUUAUGCAUUUGCUGGCUUGGAUCCAGUUAAUGACGCCAUUCGAUCGCUUGGUGAGUUCAUUGGAUUAAUUAGAUUUUGUGUUCUUCUCAUAACUACGAGUGAUGGCUUAUUAUUACGAAUGGGUACGCCAUUGGACACUCGUUGUUUUCAAGACAAAUAUGUGGAAUGUCAUUAUUUUCUAAUAACAAUAUCCGCUAUGUAUCUAUAUCAGAGAUUAUUGCCAACAUUUGUUUAA